CUCUUUCUUUCGCACCAUCCAGUAAAAGAACAUAUAUUCAAAAUGGGUCGCAUGCACAGCCGUGGCAAGGGUAUCUCGAGCUCUGCUCUCCCUUACAAGCGCUCUCCUCCUUCUUGGUUGAAGGCUACUCCUGAAGAUGUCUGCGAGUCAAUUUUUAAGCUCGCCAAGAAGGGCAUGACUCCCUCACAGAUUGGUGUUAUUCUUCGUGACUCCCAGGGUAUUGCUCAGGUCAAGAACGUUACCGGCAACAAGAUUCUUCGUAUCUUGAAGUCCAACGGUCUUGCUCCUGAGAUUCCUGAGGACCUUUACCAUCUGAUCAAAAAGGCUGUUUCCGUUCGCAAACACUUGGAACGCAACCGCAAGGAUUGCGACGGCAAGUUCCGUCUCAUCUUGAUCGAGUCCCGUAUCCACCGUCUUGCCCGCUACUACAAAACCGCUGGCCAGCUCCCUCCAACCUGGAAAUAGUAUCAAUCACCUGUCUUCUAUGUUGAUCUUGUUUUGCUGUCUUGUUUUGUUUGCUUUAUUUGUUUUGCUUGCUUUAUGUUUGUUUUCUACUUUUGCUGUUCGCCCUCAGCUGCACAAACCAGAAAUCUAUAUUCGACAGUACGUCAGAGUGUCAAAGGGAAGAAAUGUGAGAUGAUCAGCUAUUCGCUGGGCGAGACAUGUAGAUUUUGGGUAGCGUCUUCGCACCCAAAAUUUACAGUGUCGCACUUCAUCCUCAUUGAAUCCUGCUCGGUAUUCGUCUGCCUUAACUUGAUCAACCACGAUUUUGCACACCAUGUUUUUUUUUUUUUUC